AUGGCGGACACGGUCAACCCGCAGUUUGGCGCAGAGCUGAAGGAUGCCUUCAAGCCGGUCAAUGCCUGGGUCUCAGUCGGAAUAAACUGGCUGGACGAGAUACAGCAAUUCUACCGUGACCGUAGCGUCAUCGAGAAGGAAUAUGCCGCCAAACUCACAGCCCUCUGUCGCAAAUACCAUGACCGGAAGUCGAAAAAGGCCAGCAUUCUCAGCGUCGGAGAUACGCCGGUCAUGACUCCCGGAUCGCUAGAGUCAGCAUCGUUAACGACAUGGGCUACACAACUGUGUGCUUUGGAGGCGGAAGCCGCGGCACGAGAUAAGUUUGGGGCCGACCUUGUCUUUCGCAUAGCGGAGCCGCUGAAGCAGACGGGCGUUCGGCUGGAGGAGCUACGCAAGAACCAUGCCGAGUACGCAAGUAAGCUGGAGAAGGAGAGGGAUGCGUCGUACGGCGACUUGAAGAAGAGCAAGGGCAAAUACGACGGGGUCUGUCAGGAGGUGGAGAACAAGCGGAAGAAGGUAGAGAGCUCGUUCGAUCAUGGGAAGCAGAAGGCACAGAUCUCCUAUCAGAAUCAGAUCUCGGAGAUGAAUAAUGUCAAGAACACCUAUUUAAUUGCUAUAAAUGUCACGAAUAAACUGAAAGAGAAAUACUAUCAUGAAUAUGUACCGGAAGUACUGGAUGGGCUCCAAGACCUGAACGAAACCCGAGUGAGCAAGCUGAAUUCAAUCUGGACUCUAGCCGCAGAUCUAGAAAAGGCUACGUUGGCGAGAAGUGACGAGCAAGUGUCGCAUGUUCUCGCCGAAAUCCCGCGCAAUGAGCCUCGACUGGACUCGAUGAUGUUCAUGCGCCAUAACACCGCCCACUGGCAGGAACCAUUGGACAUGCAAUUUGAGCCUAGUCCCGUCUGGCACGACGAGCCAACUAUGGUCAUCGACGAUCAGGCAAAGGUGUUUCUACGAAAUCUACAAAGCAAGAGUAAAAGCCAGAUGAAAGAGUUGAAAGCGGAAGCCGAUAAGAAGAGACGGGAAGUCGAAAAUGCAAAGAAAACCCGACAGAGCAUUCGAGAGGGUAAAGAUAAGCGUGAUGAAGUCGAGGUUGUGCGAGCGGUAUUCGCUAUGCAGGAGGAUUUACACCUGCUGGAUCGGAAGAGGCUCACAGGUGAAAUUGAGGUGUCGACGAUAUCGUCGGUAGUGGGAGAUCUAUCCCUUGGAGCGAAGAAUCAUAAUUUCAGAGCUCAGACGUUCAAGAUUCCUACCAACUGCGACCUGUGCGGAGAGAGGAUAUGGGGCCUUUCAGCCAAGGGAUUCGACUGUCGCGAUUGUGGCUAUACAUGUCAUAAUAAAUGUGAGAUGAAAGUCCCAGCCGAGUGUCCGGGUGAGCAAACGAAAGAGGAGAGGAAGAAGUUGAAGAUUGAGAGACAAGAGCAAGCAAAUGCUACGCCUGUGUUGUCGAGUCAGGAUAUCACCCCCCGAAUCUCAACUUCCAACACAGCAGAGCUCCCGGCCUUGUCGCGGAAGGAUACUAUGAACUCGCUGAGCUCGGGAUAUUCUGCAAAUGCAAUUAACAAGUCAACGUCGGCACUUUCUGUUAGUCAGCCCGCUAACGGUGGAACAGCGUCGCCGGCUAUCGUCGAGUUACCUGAUGCUGGUGCUGCAGCUGCUGCAAAGAAGCCUGCUGUGGCACCUCGGAAGAAUCGAAUACUAGCACCUCCUCCAGCGCAGUAUGUUAGUGCGCCACCACCGGCACCUUCAAACGAUAACAAAGAGAACAUUGGUGGCACUAGCAAGCCCAGUGAACCGGGAGGGAAGAUGAUAUAUGCCUACCAGGCCAACGGGGAGGAUGAGAUAACCGUAGACGAAGGACAGGACGUCAUCAUCGUCGAACCAGAUGAUGGCUCGGGAUGGAUGCGCGUUAAAGCCAACAGUCUGACCGGCCUGGUGCCUGCGUCAUACGUUGAAGUAUCACCCACCCCAGCUCCGUCACCAAUUACAUCUCCCAGCCCCAACGGCCGACCAGAAUCAACAUACUCAACCUCCAGCGCCUCCCUGGCCAGCAGUGCGGCAGGCAAGCGCCGUGGCCCAGCAGUCGCCCCCAAACGCGGUGCGAAGAAACUCCAGUACGUCGUAGCGAUGUAUGACUAUGAAGCACGAACUGAUGCAGAAUGGAGCAUGGCGGCCGGUGAUCGGUUCGUGCUGGUGAAUCGGGAUAGCGGGAAUGGAUGGGCGGAUGUCGAAAAGGGAGGCCUAACGAAGUGUGUUCCUGCUAAUUACAUUGAAGAUGCAUGA